AUGCGGCAGUUGCCUUUUGGGAUGUCAGGAAGUCAUUACUCGUUGCCAAUGUCUCCGCCUCCAAUGUCUACGUCGCCGCCCGCCAGAGUUGAUAUCGCCCCGCCGCCUUCGGAUGAAGGGAAGAUGUCUGUGUCGAUCGACUUUGGUACUACUUUCUCUGGUGUUGCUUACGGCUCGUCGAGGAUUGCGGGCGGAAAAGUCCAACAAAUACUAACCUGGCCUGGUUCAUUCGAGACGUUCAGAAAGAUCCCGACUUGUUUGCUGUACGAUGAAGAAGGAAGAGUAUUGGCCUGGGGUUUGGAAGCUAAAAAUGCAGGCCCAAUUCCUGAUACGCUCAAGUGUGAAUGGUUCAAACUAUUCCUGGAGCCUCGAGCCCUUCGGGACGAAUCUGCCGUAGAUCCACGGUUGCCACCGCUUCCACCUGGCAAAAAAGCGAUAGAUCUCAUCAUUGACUUUUUGAGCUGCUUAUGGGAAUAUGCUAAGGAGCAGAUAACACGGGAAAUUGGCGCCGUAGCUGAUCUUAAUACAGCUGAUGUGUGGCUGACCGUCCCAGCAGCAUGGGACGCUAAGGGAUGUGACAUCAUGCGCGAUGCAGCUAUUUCUGCUGGCCUUGUACAAAGCGCCCGCGCAGGAGAUAGGGAUUGGAGGGACCGACUCAGAAUUAUCACAGAACCGGAGGCCGCGGCAGUUCACUGCGCACAUCUUACAGAUCUCCACAAACUCAAGCCGUCGCAGAAUUUCAUUGUCUGUGAUGCCGGUGGAGGAACGGUCGAUCUUGCCGUAUACAAGAUAAUUGGCCAGAUGACCAAUCUUGAGAUCGCUGAAAUUUCUGCAAGAUCGGGUGCGAAUUGUGGUAGUCUUUUCCUGGACCUUCGGUUCAGGGAGCUAGUCAAGACGCUCCUUGCCGACCACCCGGCACAUCUUGACGCAGCAUCACUUGCUAACUUUAUGCAUUCGUUCAGUGAGACCGACAAGCUUGAUUAUGGCGGCAUAUCUGACGAUGAGAACAUGUUCCAUUUUACCUGUUUCAAUGUCGAGGACCCCAACGAUCCUUCUGUAGGAUUGAUUAAUGGACAACUCUCGAUCCCAGGAGCCCUUUUACGGCGUGAAGUCUUUGAUCCCGUCGUUGAACAGGUUCUGGCCUUGAUCGAAGACCAGACUUUGAAAGUCGAUCAACGGAUCGAUGCCCUUCUACUUGUGGGAGGAUUUGCAGCAAGUGAGUAUUUGAAACAGAGAGUCGAGGAACGAUUUUCUCCCCGUAUUCGAGUGAUUGCUCGGCCCGUAGACGCUGAUACGGCUACUCUACGAGGGGCGGCUCGGUAUGGUUUGGCUCGUAGGCCACUCGUGUCCAGUGUGAUCGCGCCACGGUCCUACAUCAUGAAAGUCAAGUUGCCUGCUGACCAGGAAGACUGGCAGAAGCGUCCCGCGUAUAUCAAAACCAAUGACGCAGGUGUUCCCAUUUGUGAAAAUAGGCUGCAAUAUCUGGUGCAAAAAGGAGCAAUCCUUCGGAAAGGACAACGGCUGACAACGAAGUUUUGUAAAUUCUCGCAAACCGUACAAGAUUCGGCGUUCGUGGCCGUCAUGUUCACAAGCGAGGCGGACAAAAUUAUGCGGUAUACAGAUGAAGGAGAAACCACCGAGCUCUGCAAAUGGACUGUGGACCUAUCAUCGCUGCCGGCGUUUCAACAAGGCGCCAGGCAGGGUGGUGGUUUCUAUACAGAAUUUGAACUCGGAUUGGAAUUGGAUAGCGCGGAAGUGCGGGGUAUACUUCUGUAUGAUAACCAAGUUUGGGGCCAGUAAGUGAGAUUAACUGUGGCCGGAGAUCGUGGCGCUCACACUUGUGUGUGUGUGAAGGGUUACAUUCGACUUUCUGAAUUAGGAGAAGGCUCUGUUUUGAUGGACAGAUGUAUAUAUAACAAGCUAUGUUGUGGUGAAUGGUACACGGGAACGCGUUGUCCCGGAGUCGUGUCGUCUGGCAUCGAACCUGCUGCUUCGCGGAUUGAAGCAAAAGCGUCAUAUGAUGGGGGGUGAGAGAUUUUGAUCCAUCCGUCGCCAUCGCAUGGACGAGGAGACAUAUUCCGAAGAGAGCUUAUGUUGACAAGUAGUCGAUAUUGGGGCUAGGUACCUUGAUCACGUAUGAUAUUGCGCAAUGGGUGAGAGUCAGAUCACACCGGGCCAAACCGAUGUCGCACACAGCACAGUCCAUGCUGUGGGUCCAUCCCAUUCGGCUUCGUUAAGCGGCUCCUAUGCUAUUAUUGAUCCAC